AUGUCAGACUUUGAUAAGUACACCACACCUCUCUCAUCUCGUUAUGCUUCCGAGGAAAUGUCGUCAAUUUUCUCGCUGAGGAACAGAUUUUCGACAUGGAGAAAACUAUGGUUGAACUUGGCGAUUGCCGAGCAGGAACUGGGACUGUCAGUGAUCACUGACGAGGCUAUUGAACAAAUGAAAAAGCACUUGAUUAUCACUGACGAGGAAAUCGCAGCUGCCUCUAAACAGGAAGCAAUUGUGAGACAUGAUGUGAUGGCACAUGUUCACACUUUCGGAGAGAUUUGCCCCAGCGCCGCUGGUAUCAUCCACUUGGGCGCUACGUCCUGUUUUGUGACCGAUAACGCUGACUUGAUUUUCCUCAGAGACGCAUACGAUGUGAUCAUUCCCAAGUUGGUUAACGUGAUCAACAGACUAUCCCAGUUCGCGCUUACAUACAAGGAUUUGCCAGUUCUUGGCUGGACUCAUUUUCAACCUGCACAACUAACCACGUUGGGCAAAAGAGCCACUUUGUGGAUUCAGGAAUUGUUGUGGGAUUUGCGUAACUUUGUCAGAGCCAGAAACGAUUUGGGUUUACGUGGUGUCAAAGGUACCACUGGUACGCAGGCGUCAUUUUUGGCAUUAUUCCAUGGCGACCACGAUAAAGUUGAAGCCCUUGACAAAAGAGUGACAGAACUGCUCGGUUUCAACACGGUUUAUCCUGUCACUGGUCAAACUUACUCCAGAAAGAUCGAUAUCGAUGUUUUGGCACCGUUGUCUUCGUUUGCUGCCACUGCCCACAAGAUGGCCACUGACAUCAGAUUGUUAGCCAACUUGAAGGAACUUGAAGAGCCAUUUGAGAAGUCCCAAAUCGGAUCCUCCGCGAUGGCCUACAAGAGAAAUCCAAUGCGCUGCGAACGUGUCUGCUCGUUGGCUAGACAUUUGGGAUCUUUAUUUAACGACGCUGUCCAGACUGCUUCUGUUCAAUGGUUCGAGAGAACUCUUGACGACUCCGCCAUCAGGAGAAUCUCUUUGCCAAGUGCUUUCUUGACCGCGGAUAUCCUUCUAUCGACCUUAUUGAACAUUUCGUCUGGCUUGGUUGUCUACCCCAAGGUCAUUGAAAGAAGAAUCAAGAGCGAACUGCCUUUCAUGGCCACCGAAAACAUCAUCAUGGCAAUGGUUGAAAAGGGACAAUCUAGACAAGAAGUGCACGAGUCUAUCAGAGUACUCUCGCAUCAAGCUGCUGCUGUUGUCAAGGAACAAGGCGGUGACAACGAUCUAAUCGAAAGAGUCAAGAAUGACAAGUUUUUCGAGCCUAUCUGGAACGAGCUGGACUCACUGUUGGAUCCCUCAACUUUCGUUGGGAGAGCUCCACAACAGGUCGAAAAGUUUGUUGCUAACGAUGUCGCCUCUGCUCUUGCUCCUUUCAAGAAUAAGAUUACCGACGAACAAGUUAAAUUGAAUGUUUAA